GUAAUGUUACCAUCAACCAUCAACCAUUCCUUCACAUUUCACACACACAAACACCAUACAUACCCUCAUCUCUCUGUUUUCAACAAUUUUGAAAAAACGCCAUGAGAACUCACCAACCAAAGCUUAAAACUCAACUCUUCUCUUGCGGAUUCUUCCGCCAUUGUACUCGCUCUGUCUUAAGCCCCACCGCCUCUCAUUCCCCUGCUCUCCCUUCCCUUCCCUCCGCCUCCGACCAACCACCACCACCACCACCGCCGCCCUCCCGCCGUCCACCCCUUCCCGAUUCCGAAUCCUCUUCCUCCUCUGCUUCUCAAAGCUUCACUCAAUGGAGAUUCCCACUUCCACGUUCACCCAUUUUUACACAACAACCUUCAAUUUCAGACCCUCCUUCUACUUUCUCCAUUCCCCCUUCCGAUCCUCUCCCCCCACCCAUCUCUGCAUCAGCCCUACAAGAAAUCCUCCAAGUUGCACAGCUCCAACUCUGUUCCGCUUCAGAUUCCGACCGCCUCGCCGCUCUCCAACUCCUCGAACGCUCCUUGGUUCCAAACCCAUCUCUAGACUCCGACUGUACUCCCGAAUUGAUGCGCGGUUUAAUCGAAAGUUUCAACAUUAAAACCGGUUCCAAACCGGCCACCAAAAUUCUAUUGGCACUUUGUUUGGCAGAGGGUAAUCGUCACGUUGCAGUGGAGGCAGGGGCGGUCGGCGCAGUGAUAGAAUCUCUGCCAGAGAUGGAAGACGCGGCUGCCGAGCGAGCACUUGCGUCGCUCGAACUUAUGUGUACGGUUGCUGAAGGAGCAGCAGAGGUUAGAGCUCACGCUCUUUCGGUGCCAGCUAUGGUUACAAUGAUGGGAAGAAUGGCAGCUAGAGGGAAGGAAUCGGCCAUAAGUGUGCUUGGGGUUAUUUACGACAAUGGGGUCUCGUCGGAAGCUAAGUCCGCAGUGACGGCGCCGCCAGAGGAGGUUGCGCGUGCGGUUGUUUUAGCGCUGCAGGGUGAUAGUAGUGUGAGGGGAAGAAGAAAAGGGGCGAGACUUCUUAAGACACUGCAAGAGCAGCAAGACGAAUUCUUCACUGCAGCCCUAUAGAUCCGGCGACUGUGGUCGGCCGGAGUUGAUCGUUGAAGUGUGUUUAGUGUUAACCAAUCCAUAAUUUUGAGAUGACUAAUACAGUUUGAAUGGUUUUUGGUUAGACAAAUAAUUCAACUCUUAUGGGGUUUUUUAAA